ACUGUCAAAUUGUAAAUUACUUGUCUCAGGUCUUGCUGAAUAUUUUUACAGGUAGUAUUAUUACAAGAAAAAUGGUGUCUGGAUGUUCAAGCACUUCAUUAGUGGCAUCUCCUAAAAAACAAUCAAUAAAGGAAGUAACAGAAAAGUCUCCAAUGACAUCGGCCUCUCCUCCAACUCAAGCAAUAGAAGAAGCAAUUAGAAAGUCUCCACAAAAAUCAUCUUCUCUUCCAAUACAUGCAAGAGAAGAGACAAAUGAAAAAUAUUCAUUGAAACCAUCACCGCUAUUGUCUAAGGUGAAAUCUUUAGACAUACCAUCACUAAGACCGAUAUUGAUGGAGAAUGAACAUUUUACAAGUCGUGUAUCUGUAGCCUACAGGAUACAAGUGUUGAGGAAUAUACGAUCACUACUUUGUUAUGAAGAUUUGGAAACAUUCACAGCUUCUUGUUUUGGUCAUCUUCUUAAACUAAUCGAUCUAGCGAAGAGUAGUGGACAGUUGAUACAUUUUCUUUUACAGAGGCGGGUACAAACUAAUAAAGAAAAUGAGUUAUGGUUUGAUAUUGAUAGUCAGCCUGUUAUGUUUUCAAUGCACGAGUUUGCAUUGAUUAGUGGCUUUAAUUGCGAAAAAUCCAAUGACCCAAACUUGAGUAGUCUAAGAAAGGGUAAUAGGCUUAAAAAAGAGUAUUUUAGGGACAUAGGACACAUUACUCUUAAAGAUUUGGAAACUAUGUUUGUGGAUAUGAGUGAAGAAAAUCUAGUAGGGGAGUUGAAAAAAAAGAAGAAAUACAUAAAGAAAAAUCGGGAUCAUUUGAGACUUGCUUUGCUUUAUUGUUUGGAAGGAGUAGUGCUUGCACAUGAGCUUGCACAACCUAUAAGGGAGGAAAACAUGGGUAUUGUUGAGGACUUUGAUGUCUUUAACAAAUAUCCAUGGGGUAGGUUAUGUUAUAAUCUCACAUUAGAUGGUUUGAAGACGAAUUUGAAGAAAAAGUCUGUUAAGUACCAAAAUAAGGUUGGUGGGAAAAAAAGCAAAGAAUCAUACAAAUUAUAUGGUUUUCCUUAUAUUUUUCAGGUUUGGAUUUAUGAAGCAAUACUUUUACUUGGAAAUUUAUUUGCAAACCAAAAAGAAGGAAAUGCGACUCCUCGUUGCUUACAUUGGGAAGCAAAAGAGCCCGAAUACAAAGAGAUUAGUCAGGCAUUGAAGCUUACUCAUUCAAAUAUUGACGUACAUCAUAUCCUCCAUGCUUCUGAGUUAGAGAAGUGCCAACCAUACAUGAAGGAUUUUGAGUUAUUGAAUGAUAAAGCUGAUGACUUGAUUGAUACCUUUGUUAAAAAACUUAAGGUUUGCAGUCCUGUUUUGAGUGAAUACAAUAAGGAAGAAGAGAAGGUUGAUGUUUUAGAUGAUAAAAAAAUGUGCCCUUCAGCUUCAAAUGUCAAUCCAAAUCAGAAUUCGGGCAAUGUGAUAAAGUUAUGGGUUGAUUUGGAGAAGAAAAUGAACACUCGUUUUGAUGAGUUGAUGAAGCGACAAGAUGAAAUGGACUCCAAAUUGGACUUGGUGUUAUCAAUGAUGGUUCGUAGUUCUGGUUGUAAAUCUAAUCAACCUGAGUUUGAGUUGGAGGCCUAA